UUCAACACACACACCCUCCCUCUCUCUCUCUCUCCCCCAUGGCGACGCCGAUGGAGGAGGACCUGCCGGAGGCGGAGGCGGCGGCCGCAGUCGCCGGUGGCGACGGAGACGGCGAGAAGCCCACGCAGGCUCCCGCUGCCCCGCCCUCGGACCCCGAUUUGGACUCGUCGGACUCCGACGACGACGGGCGGGAGGGCGGGGUCAUGUUGGACGAGCUCCGCAUCCAGGCCAUGGAGCGCAUCCUCCAGGGGCAGCCUCUCGACUACGACUCACACGUGCAGUAUAUACGUUGUUUGAGGAAGUCAGGCAACAUCGAGAAGCUUCGUGCAGCAAGGGAAGAGAUGAACAAGUGUUUCCCACUUACGCCUAAGAUGUGGCAGGAAUGGACCAAAGAUGAGUCCUCAUUGAGGCUUGAAUCUUUUGAAAAUAUUGAAAAGCUCUAUGAACGUGGGGUGCAGGAAUAUUUGUCUGUUCGGUUAUGGCGUGAUUACCUUGACUUUGUUGAAGAGAAUGAUAAAUCAGUGUCCCAAUGUUCACCAUCUGGACUCACAAAAAUGAGGAAUUUGUUCGAACAUGCUAUCACUGCAGGGGGCCUGCAUGUGACUGAGGGCGGCAAGCUGUGGGAAGCAUAUAGGGAAUAUGAGAUGGCCAUCCUCACCAUCAUUGAUGAUGAGGAGGAAAAAGCAAAGCAAGUACAGCGGAUACGUGUUCUCUUUCAUCGCCAGUUAUCCAUUCCUUUGGCUGACAUGGAAUCGACACUUGCUGAGUAUAAGAGCUGGGAAGCCGAGCAAGGUAAUGCUAAUGACCCAAGUUCUGAUUUUGAUGGUGUUCCCUCAAAUGUUGUAUCAGCUUACAAAAAGGCCAUUGAGAUGUACAAUGUGCGGAAACAAUAUGAGGAUCAACUGAUCAAUGGGGAUGUGUCUGAUAGUGACAAACUGCAGGAAUUUCUGAAAUACAUCAAAUUUGAGGAGUCUUCAGGUGACCCUGCUCGUGUUCAAGUUUUGUAUGAACGAGCUGUUUCAGAGCUUCCUGUUGUGAGUGAUCUAUGGAUGGGAUACACAAAUUACCUGGACAAAACCCUGAAGGUACCUGCUGUCCUCAAAAGUGUUUACCACAGAGCCACAAGAAACUGUACUUGGGUCAGUGAAUUAUGGGUUCGUUAUUUGCUGUCUUUGGAACGCAUUCGUGCAUCAGAAGAGGAACUGCGGCAUGUCUUUGAGCAGGCUAUCCAGUGUUCUUUUCCAAGCAUAAAAGAGUACCUCGAUAUCUAUCUUACUCGAGUUGAUAGUUUAAGACGGAGGAUAGCAGAUGGAUUGGAUUUCCAACUGAUUAGGCAGACAUUCAUGGAUGCUACUGAGUUUCUUUCACCCCAAAUGGGAACAGAGGACUUAUUGCUCUUGCAUGCAUACUGGGCCAAAUUAGAGUGUACUCUUGGAAAUGAUCUAGCUUCAGCUCGUGGUGUUUGGGAAAAUACUCUCAAGAAAAGUGGUUCUGUUUUGGAAGUCUGGCAACACUACAUUGCAAUGGAGAUAGAAACUGGACAUAUUCAUGAGGCUAGGUCACUUUACAAGCGCUGUUAUACCAAAAGGUUUGCUGGGUCUGGAUCAGAGGACAUAUGCCAUGCGUGGAUAAGAUUUGAAAGGGAGCAUGGAACGUUAGAUGAUUAUGACCUUGCUGUAAAAAAGGCUGACCCUCGUUUGAAGGAGCUUAUGAUGUUCAAGGCACAGCAGGAGGUUAAAGUUGACACUUACUCUGUCCCCAAAGAAACUACAGCUAAUGAUUCCUCUCAGAAAAGAAAACCAAGUAAAAUGCCCACCAAACAGGAGCCUCCUGCUAAGAAAAGGAAAGACAACCCACCAAAAAGUGCUGAGCCAUCCGAUGAUCAACGAUCAAAGGAACAAAGUAGCACUGAUAAUGUAAAAGCUGGAGAUGUCUCAGGGGAGAAGACUGAGGCAUCUAUGGAAAUGAAUCUGGCAGACAGCAGCCGAACAGAAUAUACAUCUUCAAAAGAAUCAAAGCCAAACUUCUACAGUGACAAAUGCACUGCUUAUGUGUCAAACAUAGACUUGACAGCAAAUGAAGAGCAUAUCCGGCGCUUCUUUUCUGAUGUUGGUGGUGUGACAGCAAUAAGGUUGCUGAGGGACAAAUUCACCAAAAAAUCAAGGGGAUUAGCGUAUGUGGAUUUUUUAGACAAUGAACAUCUUGAGGCUGCAAUUAGAAAAAACAAACAUAAAUUGCUUGGAAAGAAAGUAAGUGUUGCUCGUUCAGAUCCAAGCAAGGGCAAGAAAAGCCGCGAGGCAGGAUCUUUCUCCAAAGACCAAGAUAGAUUAACUGCUAGUGGUGAUCGUGGUGAAAAGGCAGUAUUUGCUAGUAAGUCAGACAAGGAAAUUCCCAAAGAUGAGCCAAAAAUCAUAGGGAAGAACACCUUUGCUGCACCACGAUCUGUGGUUAAACCUCUUGGAUGGACCAAAAAGGAUGAUAAAUCAGAUGUUGGUGCAGAAGAGUUAAAAUCAAAUGAGGAAUUCAGAAAUCUUUUACUUAAGAAGCGAUGCUGAUAGCCAGGUGUGUGGAUCUCAAUGCUGCCAUCAAACUCCGUGAUUUCUAUACUUUACUCUCUUAAUUUUUGGUGGUUUCAUGCGGUACUAUUUUCAGCUGGAUCCAUUAUCUUCAGUGAACGGAAAAUCGGUGACCUUUUGGGCUCCUUAAAUCGUAAUCUUUCCAUCCAGUUGCGUAAGGAUAAUCAGCACCGGAAACUUUUAGGGAACAUAUACUUUUUUUUUCUAGUUUGGAGGGGAGCUGUGAGAGGAACUUGUAGUUUGCAGGGAAAUGGUGUACAUAACUGAGACGUCAUUACUCUAUGCGUAAGGUGAAGGAAUUCGCUGGAUGACGAUGUGAUUCUACCUCAUCUUAAAAUUGUGCUCCACUGCUCCUUUUGAGCUAAA